AUGGCUCUCAAGGCUAAGGGGAAACGACCAGCUCAGACUAUACGAGGCCCAUCCAAAAGGCGAAAAAUUGCGCCUAGCAAGGAUGCUGCCGACGGACGAAUGGCAAAGAGCUCUAAGGCAAAGAGCUCAAAGGCCAAGGGUAAGGGCAAGGAGAAGGCCAUGGACAGGGGGAUCAUACCUAUUCCCGUCCUCGGAAACGACGAAGAUAUGGAGCUAUCCGACGAAGACGUUGACAUGCUCGAAGAGUACGGAAGUGCUGUAACCUUCUUGGACAGACUGGAUGAGAAGGGCAUUACUCGGAGCAAGAAGGAGACUGAACGGCUGCAUCAGCUGCAUAAGCCCGCUCGCCAAGCAGUCGAGGACGAUCUGCCCUCCAUUGACUCUCACGAUGAAGACGAAGACUCUUGGAGCUCAAAUAUCGAUGAAAAUGACGAGGAUGGCCAUGAGGACGACGGUUCACAAUCGUCCGAGGCUGAUGAUGCGGGCGGCUCGUCAGCAAGCUCAAGCACACAUUCGAAGUACAAGCGAAUCCGAGUCAAUUCGGAUGAUGAAAUGUCCUACGAAACCUUUCCACGCAAGCGUCGGCCAUCAUGGGAACCAGAGUCGGACAAGGAAAAAGGUAUCCAGCGCCUACCUAUCAAGCUCUCGGACGGACGGAUACAGAAAAGCACCAGCAAAGUCAUUCUCGACAAGGCUGAGGAGAGCGACGAGGAUGACGAAGAGGAAAUGGACCAGGAAGAGUCUCAGCAACAACGCCCACAUGGAGUGGAGGAUGUGUCCACUGGUGCUCGCUUUGGACGACCUGCGGUCGUCGACGUGAUUGGGAAUAAGUCUCGGAGAGCCAGAGUACAGGGCGCCAAAGAGCAAAUCGCGGGCAUAUGUCAAGACAUCGUGUCUGAUCCCGAGAACAGCCUCGGUCUCCUGCGGCGUCUGCACACGUUCUCUCUUCCUGAAAUUUCAACACCCACGCAUCCCGAACCCGUUACCAACGACAUCAUCAUCCGCAGACUGACCCUUUUAUCGCAGUUGGCUGUCUUCCAGGACAUCAUCCCGGGCUACCGCAUCCGUGCAUUAACCGACAAAGAGAAAACAGAAAAGGUCAGUCAAAUGGUGCAGCGCACCAGAGACUGGGAACAGGGUCUCGUGAGUGUUUACCAGUCCUACCUGCGUACGCUCGAGGCGGAAGUCAAAGCGAAGAGCGAGCUCGCGGAGAUGGCGCUGCAGUGCAUGUGCACCUUGCUCGUCGAGGCGACACACUUCAAUUUCCGCAUCAACCUCAUGAACUCCGUCGUCGCCAGCCUGAGCCGGAAGUCCUGGGACAAGUCCUCGGAUCUCUGCCUAAACUCUAUCAUCAAAGUCCUGCGCGCUGACGCCACCGGCGACGCAUCGCUCGAGAUCGUCCGGCUCCUCAACCGCAUGAUCAAAGAGCGGCGGUUCAACGUCCACUCGAACGUGCUCUCGUGCCUGCUGUAUCUGCGGCUCAAGACCGAGCUCGGCGUGCGCGCGUCCGAGUCGCGUGCAGACAAAGAGCAGGGCAAGUCGUACUCGAAAGGACGCGCCGCAGCGCGGCGCGCGAAGGGGAAGAGCACCGCCACGCCGCACCUCAGCAAGAACGCGAAGAAGGCGCUGAAAGAGAGACAGGAGAUCCAGAAGGAGAUGCGCGAGGCGGAGGCGGAGGUCGACAGCGAGGAGCGCGCGGCGAUCCAAACGGAAACGCUGAAGCUGCUCUUCGUGCUGUACUUCCGCAUCCUGAAGCACCCGGCCCCGACGCCGCUGUUGCCGGCGGCGCUGCGGGGCAUCUCCAAAUUCGCGCACCUCGUGAACAUCGACUUCUUCCGAGAUCUGAUGCAGGUCCUGAAGGACAUCAUCGCGCGCGCGAGCGAGAGCGAGGGCGCAGACGAUGACGACGGCCGGCCGGACUCCACGGGCACAAAGCGCGCGCAAGACCAGCUGCAGUGCAUCGUCACCGCAUUCGAGCUCCUCUCCGGCCAAGGUGAGGCCCUCGACAUCGACCUGACGGACUUCAUCAACCGUCUCUACGCCAUCAUCCCCACGCUGAGCGUAGCGCCCAUCGAGGAGUCCGCCCCACCCAGCGCCUCCCUCGCCACCACCACCACCACCACCACCGCACCCGCUCCAAACCCGCCCAGCACCUCCGACACCCUCUUCCGCGCGCUGCACCUCGCCUUCGCCCCGCGCGCCGCCGCCCCGCCCUGGCGCGCCGCCGCCUUCACCAAGCGCCUGCUCGGCGCGGCGCUGCACUGGCCCCCCGCAAGCGCCGCGCGCGCGCUCGCGUUCGCAGCCGCGCAGCUCGAGCGCGAGCCCCGCCUCGAGGCGCUGCUCUCCUCGGACGCGCGCGCGGGCUCCGGUGGCGCGCACCGGCCGGAGCUCGACGACCCGCAGCUGAGCAACCCGUUCAGCGCGCCGCUCUGGGAGCUCCGGCUGCUCGCGCGGCACGGCGACGCCGCCGUGCGAGAGCGCGCGGGGCGGAUCCUGGGGGCGCACGCGUCGUAG